CCAAGUGGCAGUGUGGGCAGCCCAGACAGUCUUGUUGCAAACGCGUUUGAGGCACGACGCGUUAACGCCUCGUCAAAGGUCGAAAUGUAGUUUGUUUGAUAACGCGAGGUUACUAGUCAAUGCUCUUUUCGGUUGAUCUUGAAUGUGAGUGAGUGAGUGCAGUGUAGCUAUUUAUCUAGAAUCUAACCAAAUGUAAUGCUAUGAAUUGUUUAUUUACUGGAUUAUAAAGAAACAAUAAGAUAUGGCCGACCUAAGCGAAGAUAAGCCAAACAAUAAUCAAAAUGGAAACAACACGACGAUGCUCAGUGAUAUUGACGAAGAUAUAAACAAAAUUAAUUCAUUGAAAUCAAAAAGCAAAGAAAUCGUAGCCCAUUAUGAAAAGACAAAUGGGACGCCAAAUUCACCUCCAGUUGAGAGGGUUAAGUUCCAAGGUCUAACUGAGAGCGACUUCGAUAGCGACAGUUCAGACGAAUCAGAAUCUUUUGUAGCAAAAUUGCCGCCGGUCCCUGACGGAGGAUGGGGAUGGGUGGUCGUGAUCUCAGCAUUCCUGGUAUCAGCCUGUGCUGAUGGCCUAAGUUUUUCCUAUGGGCUUCUUCAAGAAGAAUUCGCCAGAUACUUUGACACCACCCAGUCCCAAGUAUCCAUGAUCGGCAGCUUGUUCAUAGCCACGCCGCUAUUGGCUGGACCAAUCAUGAGCGCUUUAGUGGACAGAUAUGGAUGCAGGUGGAUGACGAUGAUAGCUGGGCUGUUAUCUACAAUAAGCUUUUUACUAGCUUCUGUAUGCAAUUCAAUUGAAAUGUUGUGCUUGACAUUCGGUUUCAUGAGCGGCUUAGCGAUGGGCAUACUGUACGUAACUGCAGUCGUGUCAGUCGCGUUUUGGUUUGAUAAGAAGAGGAAUUUGGCUGUGUCUUUAGCAUCAAGCGGUAUCGGUUUUGGCACAUUGAUUUAUUCGCCGAUGACGCAUUAUUUCCUACAAGUCUACGACUGGAGGAACACCGUUGUCCUACUCGCCGGCACGUUGCUGAACAUGUGCGUUUGCGGUGCUUUAAUGAGAACUCCUGAAUGGCUGGAAAUAAAGCAGAAGAGAGAACGUAGAUUGUCAAGAUCUAGACGCUCGUCGAGCGCGGGAUCUCUCUCAUCUCGGUCGCUCGGUGGAGAAUCACUUUUCUUGACCAACGAUGAACUGAAGUCGUUGCUAAAGAGCGGGAAAAGUCCCGAAUAUAUUUUAGAAACGUUGGCAACAUCGAUUGCUGAAGCUGAGCAAUUAGAAAACACAACACAGAUGAACGCCGAGGCAACGCUUAGGCAGCGUAUGCAUUCUGCCAUACAUUUGCCCACAUUUAUACAACAAAACGAAAGGGUUCCACCAGAGGUGAUAGAUAAAUUAAUGAAGAACAACAGGCUGUACAAUAUUAUUUUGCAAAACUACCCAGAUAUUUUGACUAGGCGACACUCAGAAAUUAAUCUGAACGUGGAAGCUCCGCCAGCAGAUGCGGUGACAGAGCCGGCCAAGUUGCCCGUGCAAGUGAAAAUUAAAAAGCCAAAGGAUAUGACAGAAUCCGAUGUGAACAAAUCUAGCGAGAAGAUUGUGGAACAUGAAGGCGAGCAUAAGAAAACAAAAGACGCCAGUAAGAGUACCGUCAAUGAUACGAAACAAACUCCAAGAGCGAAAGAACAUUCUCCGAAGAAGGAGGUCAGGGGGCAGUCCUCGAGCUGGCUCGUGAGACAGCUGUCCACUGACCACCACUACUUCAAAGACAUGCCGCUGUACCGCAACACGAUCAUGUAUCGCGGAACUAUGAUGAACAUCCCCCGGUACAGGCUGAAAGCGUCAUCUCUACCAGAUAUUUAUAAAAACUCUAUGUGGUCAAUAGAAUCAGAAUCAGAUGACGAGUGGAGAUGGUACCACCGACUGUUCGAGGUGCUCAAAAAGAGCUUUAACUUCGAGAUGUUCACGGAGUUCCACUUCUUCAUGUUCAACCUUUCGGAGCUGAUCCUCUCUGUGUGGUUCAUCGUGCCCUACUUCUUCCUCAAGUCCUACAUGACCUCCCAGAACAUGGAGGGCGGGGAGGUCAUGAUCAGUAUCAUCGGUAUUGCCAGCGCUAUCGGAAUCGUGGUGCUGGGCUGGUCAGGUGAUCAAAAGUGGUUGAACGUGACGAAGACCUUCUCAUUCUUCCUGAUCCUGUGCGGAGCAUCCGUGGCCGCGUAUCCCUUCUUCAUCCACAACUACUGGCUUCUGAGCAUCAACUCGGCAGUCUUCGGCUUUUCCUUCGCCAGCUCGUAUUCUUACUCGCCAGCGAUCCUGAUGAAGCUCAUACCGUUAGAACAUUUUACUGUGGCUUACGGACUGAUAUUGCUGGCUCAGGGUAUCGGGCAUCUAGUCGGACCGCCUUUAGGAGGGCUGCUGUACGACGUAACUGGAUCAUGGGAGCUGACGUUCUAUGUAGGGGGCCUGUGGGUGGCGGUGUCAGGCCUCUGCCUGGUGGUCAUCGCGUGCACGAACAACCGUCGCUUCUGCGGACGCAAGCCGCUGCUCAACGAUGCCCAGGCAACCACUGAAGUUUAAAAGAAUUUGGAUCUAAUUGCUUGUGGGUGACGGCUGAAAAUAGCCUCCACAGAGACCCGUUGACGUGGGAUAAUCCACGUGGUUUUGGGUGAAUGGCAGUAGGCGCUACGUUAAGCGGCAGCUACUGACGUGCAGCGAAAAUGUUAAUCUUUUGGCUUGAAGUGGAAAAAGUACUACAAAGCAAAGAUGAAGACUUCUAUGUAGAUUUCUAGUUCAUGAUAUAAAUAUUAAUAUCUGCAGAUGGAUAUAUACGAGGCUUACGGUCUAGGGGGCACUUGCCAUAAGUGACAUAUUAUUUCACUGGUCGUCACUAUUUAUAGUCAAUGGCGCCAUACUUAUAUGGUCACAACGACUACGUAAACUAUUAAUUGUACCUAUUUAUGUGGCACUUAUACCAAGCCAGCCUAUGUAAGGGCAAAAACGUAGAUGUAUGUUGCUGUCACGACAACAUUUAUGAACAUUUAUAUGCGGCACCCUCUACAAAUAUGUACAACCAUAACGAAACUAAAUUUUGCACAAAAACGUCCAAUGAAAAUAGGACUAAGAUAAAGCUAGUCGGAUGAUUGACGAAUUUAAAUGUAGAGACAUAUUCAAACCCGAAUAACAUAAAAUUUCAAGUUCAACUUGACUUAAAAGGGAUGACCCACUAGAACAAAAACUUCUCCUGAAACUGCUGAAUGUGUGAACCGGACAAUGUCAAUGUGCUACCAAAAAAACGAGAACCAAAGUGAUAAAAAUAUAAGAAAA